GCUCAAUCUCAUUUACCGGGGGCUGACGGAGACGCAAUCAUUAGAAAAAAAUAAAAGGGGGGAAAUCGGACGGAAAGAUAAGGUCCCCCCGUCCACCUUAAAGAUCUUUUUUCUAAAUCUGUAGCUAGCCAGCCGCUACAGGAUACCGAAAUCACUUCCCCAAAAUGUUGACAAUUAGCUAGCUAGCUAGCUAUUAAAUCUUAGAUAUCUGUCUGCUAGCUAGCUACCUAACGUCAAUAUCCAUAUCACCAAAUUAUAUAUUUAGCUAGCUAGCUAACUGAAGAGAAGCAUAUUUUUCUGUAACGAUAUCAUUUAAUGAUAUGUUUUUUAUUGAGUGGUGGUGUUUUCCUGAGCAAAUGGACACGAGUUUUACGGGCGCUCUUUGUUGCUAAGGCAUUUCUGGGCUUGGUUCCGGGGGCGGCUUGCACAGAAACGGUACGGAUGUCGCGACAGCCCAGUUUGCCCCGUUGUCUCCUGGACCCGUUUUGGUAGGCACACAAGACCGGAGGAGUGUCACCUAGACGGUUAAAGAGGAUAGAUCGGUUACCUUGGAAUUCGGCAAAUCGCGAUCUAAGGUAUUCGGACUGAACAACGAAGACAGGCGGCUGGGCCUCCCACUACUCCUCCGCUGGAAGACUACCCCUACUUCCCCCCUCUUCCUCCCCGAUCCUUACGCGGGGGAAGUCGGAUACCUCUCGGUUAGAGGGAACUACUUGAGAGCGAGGCCCCCCUCCCCCCACUCCCUUCAGCCCCCUCACGUUCUACCUCCUUCUAUAUCCCGAUAUCCAAACGGGGGAUCGGGAUACCAACGACAAACCGAAGCCAAUUGUUGGUGGUCUGGUCGAGUCCCGUUUAAACCGGGCUUUCCGAAACAGGGGGGAUGACUUUAGAGUCCAUGAUGGCUUGCUGCCUAAGUGAAGAGGCGAAGGAGUCGAAAAGAAUCAACGCCGAGAUCGAUAAGCAGCUACGCCGAGACAAGCGAGACGCGAGAAGAGAGCUGAAAUUGCUCCUGCUCGGGACCGGCGAGAGCGGCAAGAGCACCUUCAUCAAACAGAUGCGCAUCAUCCACGGGGCGGGCUACACGGACGAGGACAAGCGCGGCUUCACCAAGCUCGUCUACCAGAACAUCUUCACCUCCAUGCAGUCCAUGAUCCGCGCCACCGAGACCCUCAAGAUCCAGUUCAAGUUCGAGCAGAACAAGUCGAAUGCCCUGCUGGUGAAGGAGGUGGACAUAGAGAAGGUGUCGACGUUCGAGCAACCUUACAUCAGCGCAAUAAAAAUGCUGUGGGCAGACCCUGGUAUCCAGGAGGCCUAUGACCGAAGGCGGGAGUACCAGCUCUCUGAUUCCACCAAAUACUAUCUAAGUGAUCUGGAUCGUAUUGCCGACUCGUCCUAUCUACCAACCCAACAGGACGUGCUUAGGGUUCGCAUUCCUACCACUGGCAUCAUUGAAUACCCUUUCGACUUGCAAAGCAUCAUUUUCAGGAUGGUGGAUGUGGGGGGUCAGAGGUCGGAGCGCAGGAAGUGGAUUCACUGCUUUGAGAACGUGACCUCCAUCAUGUUCCUGGUGGCCCUCAGCGAGUACGACCAGGUCCUGGUGGAAUCUGACAAUGAGAAUCGUAUGGAGGAGAGCAAAGCGUUAUUCAGGACGAUAAUCACAUAUCCUUGGUUCCAAAACUCCUCUGUCAUCCUCUUCCUCAACAAGAAGGACCUGCUGGAGGAGAAGAUCAUGCACUCUCACCUGGUGGACUACUUCCCUGAGUUUGACGGGCCCCAGAGGGACGCCCAGGCCGCACGCGAGUUCAUCCUGAAGAUGUUUGUGGACCUGAACCCCGACAGCGACAAGAUCAUCUACUCCCACUUCACCUGCGCCACCGACACCGAGAACAUCCGCUUCGUCUUCGCCGCUGUCAAAGACACCAUCCUGCAGCUCAACCUGAAGGAGUACAACCUGGUGUGAGACGAGCACGGCACAUAGAGCACACGACCCGGUCUCACACACGCAGACAAACGCAUACACACACACUCACCCACACCUUAUGCACACGUCAUACGCAC